AUUCUGGUACCUUUAAUUGAAGUAAUUUUUAACGGUAGCAUUUAGUUCGUCAUGAAACAUUUAUUCGUUCUUACGUUCGCUGUUGUAGCAGCUUUGUGUAUUGCUAUAUCACAAGGUGUCAGUUCUAAAUAUGGUUUUAAAGGAAUGCACGAUCAGAUGUUGCACAGACAAUUUAUCAUAAAAUCUGGAUCUUGGUGGAAGAAAACCACUCGGACAUAUAGAUAUCCUCCAACGGGUUAUUCGAACAACAGGAUUAUCCAUGCUAUUUAUCUCACGGAUCAAACGGGAGGAAAAAACACUAGCACAGGACACGGUUCAUUAUCGGAUGGUGGGCCAGGGUACAAUUUUGUAGUUAUGCACUUUAAAGCUCCGCGUAAUUGUCCGUUGAAUUUCACUAUGGAAAUCUAUGCUUAAUGAUAUGUGUUAGUAAACAAAGGAGAAACUCCUUACAAAAUUAUCUUAUUUGGAACUUAAAUCAUGUGAAAAAAAUAUCAAAAAUAAAUCUUUCUGUGGUUUAAUGUA